CCGACCCGCGGCGGCGGCGGCGGCGGAGGAAGUGGCCGCUGUGCAGUCCACCCCGGUAGCGGCUUCGCGGCGGGGGACAGCCUCCUCCGGCCGCUCCGCGGCUUCGGCGCCUCCGCACGUCCGUCCAGCCGGAGGAUGGGGCUGCCCAGGGGCCCGGAGGGCCAGGGUCUCCCGGAGGUGGAAACAAGAGAAGAUGAAGAACAAAAUGUCAAGUUAACUGAAAUUCUGGAGCUCUUGGUUGCAGCUGGGUAUUUCAGGGCAAGAAUUAAAGGCUUGUCACCUUUUGAUAAGGUGGUAGGAGGAAUGACUUGGUGCAUUACCACUUGCAACUUUGAUGUAGAUGUUGAUUUGCUCUUUCAAGAAAACUCUACAAUAGGUCAAAAAAUAGCUCUAUCAGAAAAAAUUGUCUCUGUUCUGCCAAGAAUGAAGUGUCCACACCAGCUGGAGCCUCACCAGAUCCAGGGGAUGGAUUUUAUUCACAUAUUUCCCGUUGUUCAGUGGCUGGUGAAGCGAGCUAUAGAAACAAAAGAAGAGAUGGGUGACUACAUCCGCGCCUACUCUAUAUCCCAGUUCCAGAAAACCUACAGUCUCCCUGAGGAUGAUGACUUCAUAAAGAGGAAAGAAAAGGCCAUCAAGACAGUUGUUGACCUCUCAGAUGUUUACAAGCCCCGUCGGAAAUACAAACGGCAACAAGGAGCAGAGGAGCUGCUUGAUGAAGAAUCUCGAAUCCAUGCUACACUUUUGGAAUAUGGCAGGAGAUACGGAUUUAGCCGCCAGAGCAAAACAGAGAAGGCUGAGGACAAGAAAACGGCACUUCCCACAGGGCUCUCUGCUACAGAAAAAGCUGAUGCCCAUGAGGAGGAUGAGCUUCGAGCUGCUGAAGAGCAGCGUAUUCAGUCACUGAUGACCAAGAUGACUGCCAUGGCAAAUGAGGAGAGCCGUCUCACUGCAAGCUCUGUGGGCCAGAUCGUGGGACUCUGCUCGGCUGAGAUCAAGCAGAUUGUGUCCGAGUACGCAGAGAAGCAGUCUGAGCUAUCAGCUGAAGAAAGUCCAGAAAAAAUAGGAACCUCCCAACUUCAUCGUCGAAAAGUCAUUUCCUUGAACAAGCAGAUUCUUCAGAAGACCAAACAUCUGGAAGAGCUGCAGGCAAAUCAUACCACUCUCCAAGCCAGAUACGAUGAAACGAAGAAAACACUGACAGAGUUGAAGAGUCAUAAUGAGAAACUGGACAAGGAACAGGCAGCCCUCGAGAAGAUAGAAUCCAAAGCAGAUCCAAGUAUUCUGCAGAACUUGAGAGCACUUGUAGCCAUGAAUGAAAACCUGAAAAGCCAGGAACAGGAGUUUAAAGCACAUUGUCGAGAGGAAAUGACACGGCUACAGCAGGAAAUUGAAAACCUGAAAGCAGCGAGAGCUCCAGGUGGAGAAGUAAAGACCCUCUCCAGUGGAGAGCCGAAUGAUGCCCUCACCCCCAUGAUGACUCAUAAUGAAGACCUAGACAGACGAUACAAUAUGGAGAAAGAGAAACUUUAUAAGAUCCGCUUACUACAGGCUAGAAGAAAUCGAGAAAUAGCAAUUCUGCAUCGCAAGAUUGAUGAAGUGCCCAGCCGAGCCGAGCUAAUACAGUAUCAGAAGAGAUUUAUUGAACUCUACCGCCAGAUUUCAGCAGUGCAUAAAGAAACCAAGCAAUUCUUCACUUUAUAUAAUACCCUGGAUGAUAAAAAAGUUUAUUUGGAAAAAGAGAUUAGCCUGCUGAACUCAAUUCAUGAGAACUUCUCACAAGCCAUGGCUUCCCCUGCUUCCCGGGACCAGUUUUUACGUCAGAUGGAACAGAUCGUUGAAGGAAUUAAGCAAAGUAGAAUGAAGAUGGAAAAGAAGAAGCAAGAGAACAAAAUGAGAAGAGACCAGUUGAAUGACCAGUACCUGGAAUUGUUGGAAAAACAGAGGCUAUAUUUUAAGACUGUGAAAGAGUUCAAGGAGAAAGAAAAAUGUAUGCCCUUUACUUAAGAGAUCUUCCGGAAAGGAGACUACUUUGUCACUUCCCAGAUCUCAGCAGCUUUGUUUCCAGGAAUAUCUACCCCCAUUCUAACCUAAAUCCAUGUGGUUUAAGUGAGUUUAAAGGUUGCUGAAAAUACAGAGGCACUAAAGGUAAGUUGUAUUUUGGUGUUUGGUCUACAGAAUAAAAAAAUAUACUACUAAUCUUUCCAUAGUGAUAAUUUUGUUCUUGUACUGUUUUAAGACCUUCCUUCCUUCCCUCCUUCCUCAUUUUUUCUUUCCCUACUUCUCCUUCCCCUUUUUGUAGUUUAGCUUUUGGGAGCCACGGGCAUUUCAGAAUCUUUCAUCUUUUCACUAAGUGUUCUUCCAGCUCCUACCAUGCAUGCCCCGGGGGAUGUAUCAGGUUGUGAAACAGAUUUGGUCAAGAAGCUUAUGUCAUGAUCUCAGGGAGACAUGACAAGCAAGGAAACAAGCCGUAUUAAACUAGUAAUAAUAAAUAAGUAAUUUCAAUCUUUGCUGAAGGGGAACUAAUGUACAUGUUGUAGUAGGGAAGGUUUCUCUCCGUUUGGAAAGACUUGGCCAUGGGCAGAGCAAGAGGCCUUCAGCCAGGGAGCAGUCCCGAGAAGGCCUAAGGCUGGGCAGCAUCAGACAGUGACCCAGCAAGGUGUUCCAGGUCUGGCUGGAGCUGCAAUUGUGGAAGGGCCAGUGAGUGAGCUGGCAGGGGAUAAACAGGGACUCUUUUCCCUUUAAUUCAAGUAACUCACAAAGAGAGAAGGCCAGAGGAUAAGCAUUACAUUUCAAAUGUUGCUUGCACAUGCCAGCACUGCCCUGCAGAAACAAAAAAACAAGUAAGUUGGGGAGGAUAAGUAUAUGUUGUCAAAGUCAAAGCAAAUAAAAGUGAAAUGGAAAAGUUCAUUCUUGCACCACAGGCUCUCAGGGCUGAAGACUUAGGGUGACCUCCAAAGAUAGAUGUUCCUUCCUACCAAAGGUUCCUUCAGGUGCAUUAAACAUCAAGACUUCUGUGUUCCUGCCUCCUGAGACAGUUCUCUCCCAGCAGAGACACCAGUGGGGCCUUCAGAGCUAGGGAAGUCCCCUAGGCCAGGUGCUUGCCAUGCCUCAGUGUUCUUCCCUCCAAAGCAAGCUGGAAACAAAGGGAGGAGAAUCGUAGUAUGUUCUUCAGACAGCUAAAUGUUUUCUAUUUAACGACCUCACCUCUUCAAAAAAUAGCAUGGCCUCUUGUGUUUUUUUUUAAUGUUAAAAUUGCCUUCAUCUUAUAAAAUAAGGGUGAUAGUGCAUUGCUCUGUGGUUGUUACAAAAUUUUUAAUUUAGCAACCAUAUAUCGGUGUUCUCAAACCUUAAACUUUCUUCCACAAGUUCCUCUGAGGUGACUUGGGGCCACCAUAGGAGCUGAGGAGGAGGUGGUGAUGGUGGCUUGCUUGCUGCUCCUCAGACCUUCAGCCAGAGUAAUUCUGAUAUUUUACAUGCUGCAGUUCCAAAUAAGAUCUCAUUUGGGGUAGAAAGCCAGUUUGAAAGUUGGACUUUCAUCCCAGGGUGGAAUCUUCUCCCAGAACCUUCUCUGUCUUGCUUUCUUUACCUGCCUCUUGCCCACAUGCUUGGUCUUCUACUCCCGAAUUCUGAAUUCCCAUCACAUCCUGGUCCCAGCACCUGUGCUGGGCAAUAAUGACUCGUCAUGCAGAGCACAGUAUUAUUGUCCAGAACCUCACCUGUCUUUAUUGCAUGUGGUUUGCUCCACAUUAAUUGAGCACAUUAAUUCAUGCCCUCACCCUGGGGAAGUUUGUUAAUAACAGGUCUGCCAGGAAACUACACAUACUCUGAAAUCACAAAUCACCUUAAUCACAGUAUUAUAUCAAUUAAUUGUGUUGCUAAACCACAUCUCUGACAAGGUCACCAAACCAAGAUUUAAAUUGUAGCCCAACAUUGAAGCCUGAAGCUGGCUGUGCACACAUAAUCUUGAGUGAGCAGAUGUGCUGUUUCUGGUGCAGAGCAGGCCCCUAUGGUUUUAAGCAGGAAAGAAACAGGCAAGGAGACAUUUUCCCUUUUAUUCUAGAAAAAAAAAAUGCCUAAAGGACUCUUUCUGUCAAACAGUGUCAUUCCGUAGUCUCCCAAAAGGCUCCUAGUAGAUUGCAUGGGACUUCCUCAGUACACACACCCACGGGGUGGCGGCCUGGAUGGCUCUCCUGACAGCUCAGGCUUCGCUCCGUGUGGUAUGACGCACAGAAUCACCCCUGCUGGGACUCUGCCACAGCAGUGGGUUCAGGCUUCUGUAUUGUUUUUGCCUCAUUUUUAGAAGGUGAAGUGCGUGAAGAUUAAAGCUAAUUUCUUUAUUCAUUAUUUUGUUUUAUCUUUUGUGGGAAUUUUAAAAAAUACACAGAAGUAUCGAAAAGUACUAUAAAAAUACGACUAUCUACUUGUUCUUGUUCCAUCUCUACCCCUCCCUAAUUUGGGAGGUGGGGAGACUGGAAGGUUUUUCUCCCAAGCAAAUUUCAGUAACUAAUUUUUGAAAGGAAAACUUCACCAUUUUUCUGUAUCCACCCCCAAGAAAAAUUAACUGCCCCCCCCCAAAAGUAUGUGCUCAAGAAGUGUCUGAGCACCUUGCUUCUGACAGAAGAGUUCCGCCUUACCCCAGUCCAAGAGCCUGGCGAGGCCUCGGCGCGGAGUGAGAGAUGAGUGUAAACCCUACAGUGAGCUGGCAUUUGUCUUAAUGAAACCAGCGCUGUGUGGCCGUGGGCCAUGAUGCUGCCAGAAAGAGCAAAGGGCCUCCAGAGAGCUGGGAGCAAGUAGGCCCAGGGAGGAGGUGGAAACACUGACAUUGGGGUCUUGUAUGCAGAGGGUUCAAGGGUGAAAGGAAGUUUUUCUUCCACAUUAAUGGGUCUGGCUGCUAGAGGCCUGGCCCUCAAGCUCAACCUCUCCAGGCUCUUCCUACUACCACUUUCACCUCUCAGUUUGAAGCAGAGCUCCUUGUGACAUGGCCUAGGGAAGGGGUGGAGAUUUUGUUGCUGUUGUUGUUAAUCAUCUCCUGAGGGUAUU